AUGGACCCAGCGAAAUUGGCUAAGCUUCAGGCGCAAGCUGCAGCCAACAGAAUCGGUGGCAAGGGAACUGUGCGGCGAAAGAUUGUGCGGAAGACCAAGCCUUCUGCCGCACAAGAUGACAAGAAACUGCAAGGCGCUUUGAAAAAGUUGAACGUCCAACCCAUUCCUGGUGUUGAGGAAGUCAACAUGUUCAGGGAGGAUGGAAACGUGUUGCACUUCACGGCUCCUAAAGUCCACGCUGCCGUCUCUGCCAACACCUUCGCCGUCUACGGUACCGGUCACGUAAAAGAGCUCACUGAACUGGUCCCUGGUAUUCUCAACCAGCUCGGACCCGACUCGCUGGCCUCAUUGCGCAAGCUGGCCGAGUCAUACCAAGCCAUCCAACAAGGCCAGCAACGGCCAGCAGCUUCCGGUGCUGCUGAAGAGGAUGAUGAUGACGUCCCCGACUUGGUGGAAAACUUCGAUGUCGAGGCUGACGGCAAGGCCGCUCUCGAUUAG